AACAUAAGAGUAGUUUUUAAUGUUUAACCGUCAUGUUAUCGGUAAAUGUGAUUGAAAAAUGCAUAAAUUAUACAUAACCACGAUUUUCAAUAGAACAAAAUGAAACCAGGAUCAGGUUGUUUAAUAUAUGAGUUCAAUUUAGGAAAUUAACAAAACGACGGUAAAAUAUUGAAUUCGCAAGGUGUUUCGUUAUAAUAUUGAAUAAAAGUGUCAUAAAACGUAAACAAACAGCAAUGGGAGACAACCGAGAGAGUGGAUUUAUAAACAGUGAACCAUGCAUCGCAGAGUUUAUGACAAACGUUCCUCUCAUUAAUCAGGGACUUGCAAGCUCAUCUAUCAACAUGCCGACUGACGCCAGUUACUGCCAGUCCUUCAACGGAGCGUUGCCAAACUCACCUUCACGAGGGGAUUUAGCGCUCUCUGGUACGCCCGAGGGUGCAGACCAUAAUCUUGGGGGCAAGUUCAACGAUUAUGCUUGGAUGAAGGACAAGAAACCCAUACGAAAGAGCGAUCCUCCACAAACAGUGCCCGAUAUAGAUUUCUCUCCGGCUCCUCCUUCCAACAAUAAUAAUCAAAGCGUCAGCUCUAAUGGUAAUAACAGCGGAGGCGGAUCACGACGACUUAGAACUGCUUACACAAACACACAGCUUCUUGAGCUGGAAAAAGAGUUCCACUUCAAUAAGUAUCUGUGCAGACCGAGGCGUAUUGAGAUAGCAGCGUCCCUUGACCUUACUGAACGUCAGGUGAAGGUCUGGUUCCAGAACAGAAGAAUGAAGUAUAAACGACAAACACAGUUGCAGAGACAAAAGUCAGAAGCCAGGCUUGGUUCAAACAGUUCUUUUCCUGGGAGCCCAAGUUCUUUCGAUGAUGAAACAAUGGAUGAUAUUGAAGGAAGAAUGAAAGGUGAUUUUGACAGAACAAAUACGGCACAUGACGGUUCUUUAGAAAACACGAGUGAAAAUAACUUACUGGAAAUAGGACAAACCGGUGUUAAACGAGAAAAUACAAUUGAAAAUAUAUUUGAUGAUGAGAAAUUGAGAGAAGAAAUGGAUGAUAUGAAAAGAAUAGCUGGAGUUAGAGAUACUAACAGAAAUGAGAGGAAUGAUUCAGUAACAUCUUUUGACGGCAGUACAUCACCUAGUUCAGUUCGAUCAAGCAAUAUCCAUCAAAAGUCUCCAAACAUGACAUCUAUGAUACGGACUCCGGACGGAAUAUCACCUUUAUCAUCCCCAGUAGCUAAAUCUGAGGGAAAGCCAUGUACAAAUUUUGACACGGAUAGUUCUCAAGCGUCACAAUUAGGGCAUGACACCGGGCAACGUAGUUCAGUUUGUUCCCCUGUUUCAAACAAUACUGCACAGUUACAGAUGAUGCAGCAAGGUCAUGUUAACAAAUUCCAGUCAGCAGUAAGUUCUGAAGUGACUCAAGGCGGUUCUAAUCAGGGAAUGUCUAUGGUAAAGCCACGCAUGUCUCCCCGUGAGAAUAUGCCUAAUACAACUGACAGCUUUUAUCAAACCCCCGGUUGUGAAACAAAUUUCCCAGGUGGCGCCAAUCAGUAUUCCGCGAGAGGAAUGGUCAAUGGCUGCUACACUACUAUGGACAAUUAUACUCGUAAUUUUCCCGGUGGACCUCAAGUCUCGAGAUCUUCAAAAGACAAUUUACCAGAAACUUUUGGACAUCAACAAAUUUCUGGUCACAAAUCUAAUCAGUUAUCUCCGCUAGAAAAACUUAGCGCAUUACAAAACCAACAGAAGCGUUACUCAUACGCAACAGAAAAUAGUCCCCGUAGUGAUAAUGGAUAUAAAAGUGGAAAUUUUAAUUCCCAGUAUCGUUACACACCCAAUUUUGACAUGAAUUCGAACACCUAUCAUCCUGCUAGAGGGUACACUGGGUACAAUCAUAGAAUACAUGGUGAUAAUAUAGAUUUACAGGGUUCUGUGUCAAUGGGGGAAUUCGGUGGCAAUAACCCCCAAUUAAAAUCUAGUUCUUUCACGUCGGGCCAGUUAAACGCCUAUCAAAAUAGUGUUUACUAUGAUGGUAAUUAUGGGGUUGGAUAUAACAGCGGUGUCAACCGUACAAUGCCUUCUUCGUUAUUAUCACAACAGAACUAUUUAACCUCGACACAACCGCAGCAUGGAUCCAAUAUGGCGGAAAAUAACGGGAACUUUGAACAAUUCAACGGCACAGAUGGACAAUUUAACUCAUCAAAUACGGAAUUUAGUUCAAUUUUUGCGGAAUAUUACAACUACUCCCAGCAAGGAUUCUCAACUUGAUACUUAUAAUAAAAAUGCCACCAACAAAAUCAGUGCUUUCUGUAUUAUGUCGAGUAAUGUUUUUGUAAACAAAAAUCGAAACACCCACCAAUUUCAGUAGAAUAUACAUGUAUCCUUAUGGUAGAUUUUCAAUGUCUGUAAUUUGUGAUUUUUUCUUAAACAUUGUAAAAGUACAGUUAUAAUCAUUAAUGUUGUCAUGAGAAUAAAAUUAAAAUAAUUCAUA